UCAACACUGUUGUAAAACAUGUCAAACAUGACUGGAAAGAGCUUGGUCAUCAUCUAGAAGUAAAAUAUUCAGAAAUAAGUGCAAUAGAGCAAAACAGACGAGGAGACCCAACUGAGGGAUGCCGGGAUGUCCUUGAAAAGUGGGUGGGAAUAAAGGGAAAGAGAGCAACUCUAGCCGCUCUGCAGCAAGCACUCAUCGAUUCCAAACAUAGGGAUGUUGCUGAACAGCUAACAGAUUCACAAUCACCACUGCCACCACCUCAUCACUCUUCAGAUACACAACCUCCACCCAUGCCCAUAAUAGUAGAACUAUAUUCCAAAGUCAUGCCAAAUGUUACGACUUCCGAGGACUUAGUCACGUAUUCAAUAGCUAGGGAAAUAUUAUCAAAAACAGAACGGAUGAAAUUGACAAAUGAAAUUAUAAAGCUUAUAUGUCAGGUGAAGGAUUCUGUAACUACUGCUACAGAGCUCCUAAACACUGCAACAGCAGUUGAACGCCUGCAGGAGCUUGGACCAAAAGUCUGUAAUGUAAUGCCUGGCAGUGUUAUCUUCCAUGUACGCUGUUAUGAUUUGAGUAGCUUGGCUAAGGUUUGGUUUGAGCACAGGAAUGGCAAGUUGGCCAUCACAUUACGGGAAUCCUUGCUUACUGAAGAGAUCUUACAGCUGAUAGGUGAGGACAUUGAGACAACAGUUGAGACAACCAUUCAUCCUGAUGACUUCAAGAGGUCUCUCAUGUAUCUGCUCAGGGGUAGACAUACUACUGCAAUAGCUGAGUAUCCAGUCUUCAUGGCAGGUAGACAGCCCAUGCUGCUGGCAUCUACAUCGUUGGAUGCACUUCACCUCAUCACAAACAGGCUACACUCUACCAAGGUGGCUAUGGAACAACUUGGUCCCAUCUGGCAAGUGGCAUGGCAGCUGGCAAGAGAAAGGCAAGACCUACAAAGAAAACUCAAGGACCAAGCUCUAAAGGCCAUGGAAACAAGAGGAGAUCAAAAGGAAAGGAAAGCCACAUCCCAAGAUCAGGGGUACACAGCACAUCAACCGGUGGAAACAACACAGAAGGACAUCAAGCAGUACGAAGCCAUUGCAACUUCCACUUCUACACAGCAACAAACUACAUUCUUACUAGUUGGCUGUAAAGGUAAUGGCAAGAGCCACACAGGCAACACCAUCCUGGGCCAGGAGGUCUUCAAAGUCACUCGAAGAGGAGGAACAGAAACGUCCAGCCUGUGCAGCAGCAGCCAUGAGGUUGAUGGAGUCAGUAGGAAGGUGACGGUAGUCGACACCCCUGGAGUCUCCCAGGAGAUGACAGAGUCUGAGUUUGAGGAGCUGGUUCGAGCUGUGAAGAUGGUUCCUGAGGGUUUUGAUGCCAUCUGUCUGGUCUGGGACUACAACAACUCUGACAGGAAUGAAGACAAGGAGGUCCAAGUGUUCCAGUCCCUCCACAGGCUGUUUGGUGAUGGACUGUCCGAGCAUAUUGUCAUCCUGGUCACACAUGCUCAGCAGGAAGAUAUCCCAGAGUUCAUCGAGAGUUUGACGGUCAACAUGAAGGCAAUCGCUGAGAAGGCAAACACUGUCAUUGCAAUAGAUAACAAACUUAAAGGUGAAUCGUCAUGUCAGCUGUUGCUUCAGCAUUGUCCUACCAUUGACACAAAGUACACUUCUUCAGACCUCUCUUCAGAGUGCCAAAUCCCCCCACAUGCUGACCUACACAUGGUGCUCAUUGGCAAAAGUGGAGUAGGGAAGAGCUCUACAGGGAACAGCAUCAUUGGUAAAGAAGUUUUCAAAGUCGCAACAGUGGCUGCAUCAGUCACAACAAAGUGUAACUUCCACAUAAGAGCAUUCAAGAAUGCUGACAGCAAACUAUCUGUACUGGACACACCGGGACUGUUUGCUACACACACUUCACCAAACAACGAAGAGAUACAGAAAAUGAUUGAGGAGCUCUGCAAAAUGCUAACUGUAUUCUAUGAUGGUAUACAUGCACUUAUCCUGGUAAUAAGUGGCAUGUCAAGGUUUACAGAGGAAGACAACAAUACACUCAAGAUUGUUCAGCAGAUUUUUGGAGAAAGGUUCCUCGACCACACCAUAGUCCUGAUAACUGGGAAAGAUGGUCUGAAGAGCAGCAAGGAGGAGUACCUGGAAUCAACACCACCAACAUUGAGGGACAUUCUUAACAAGUGCCAGGAACGUUGCAUAUUCUUUGACAAUGUCACAAAGGAUGCAACCGUACGUCGCAAGCAGCUAGCAAAGCUGGUAACAGUGGCCCAAGAAGCUGUAAAGGAGAAGAAUGGUCCAUACACUGGACAAGGAGCACAAGAGCCACUCUUUGAGGAAGGUGAAAAGAUGAUGAAUAGGAUCAUCUCAAAUCUGUCAAAGGAAAUGCCAAAGGAUGUCCAAGGUCCAGACAACUCAGGAGGGGGAGAGACCAAGCAUCCCCAGCAUGCUGAAGUCCUGAGAUCAGAGAAUCUAAUAGACAGGGCAAGGCAAUAUGCAGCAAGUGAUGAGCACGAAGAAUAUCAUUUAACAACAACAGCUAAAUCAUUCUUUCAGACAAUAAAGCAUAUCUUCUUGUUCUAGGUUUUCAA